ACACCGUAGUAAACGUAAGUCCAAAUAGAGCGCACCACCAGAGGAAACAAGACGAAAAUUCGUUGGUAUGGCCACUGGAGACAACAGCAGAGGAGGGGGAGGUCCAGGAUUGGACGAUUAUUUCAAGACCACCUUAGAAGACAAACUGCUGGCGAACAUGCCGGAGCAGCCGUCUGACGCGCUGACUCCGGCGACUCGCCUGCUGGAGAAGAAGCGGGAGAUGGCGGCCGUGGAAGCCGCGCUCGGCGCCAAGAAAGAGGAUUUCCAGUUGAAGAUGGAGACGCUUCAGCAGCGGCGAGACGACCUGGAGCUGAAAGAGCGGAGCCUCAAGGAACAGCUGCUCAAAUUCGAGAAGUUUCUGAAGGAGAAUGAUUUGAAGAGGGCUCGGGCGUUGAAAAAGACGGAGAGGGAGAGGGAAGUGUGUCGGGAUAAGGAUGCGGAGAUUGAGAGACUGAGAGAAGAGAUCCGCGAGCAGACCGAGAUUUCCGACAGCCAGAAGAGGGCGAUAGAGAAACUGUCGGUGUUCAGGAAGUUUAUGGGCGACGUUCAGGAACAAUCGGAUAGUGAAUUUGAUGAAGUGAGAGAGAUCAUUGGUCGAUACGACACACUCAGUCAGACGAGAGAGGAUUUGAUGGAGAGGGAGCAGAGAAAUCAAGACGCCAUAGAGGAGGAGAGAACAGCUCUAAUGAAACUAAAAGAGGAGAAGAACAAUGAGAUCCUGGGCUACAACAACGAAUUGGCUCGUCUGCAGACGAGGCUGGAGGAGGCCCAGAGCAAUGCCGUCAAAUGGGACUCUGAGUGGACGCGAAUCCAGACGACGGCGGCCAAGAAGACGCUGGUCCUGGGACAGCUGAAGAUUGCCACCCACAACCUCUUCCUCCUAAUGUGCAAACACCUGCAGAAGAAGAUCCCUCCCCACGAGCACGAGGACACUCUCAGACAGCUCGAUAAGUUGCAGACAUUCAUAAAAGACUUGACGGAGAUCACAAACGACAUCAAGAGAAAAGAGUCAGCAGCCAUUCCCAAUGCCCAGCUGCUCGCACCUGUCAACCUUUGACCUCCGCUCCCUCUCCGUUCUCACCGAACAUCUACCAACGUUACUCACGUGAUGACUUGUACAAUGUAGCAAGGCAAAAAGGUUUUUAAAAUGUGUACACAAAAACACACACACACACACACACACAAAGGAGCUGUACAAUAUUUACACAGGGUGUUGUUGUAUAUAUUAUGGUGUGGAAUAAUUAGAGAAAGGCCCCUCAUAAGAAAUACUCUGGUACUGGUUUCUUUGUUGGUUCGCCCCUCACCUCAAUUGGGGCUGCUUCAAACAUGGUAUAACUUCUACUGAGGUUUUCGUCAAGUUCGAAAAUGGCAGCCACGUUGCCACACCUGUAGCAGUAGUUGGGGGCAGACCACACGGUGAGAACCGUUUCCGAAAAGUGCCACUUGUAGCCUUCCAUCACCAGCUGGUGAGCUCGACAGAUCAUCUUUAUGUUGUUGGUCGCGUUGAACUGUGCCACUACCUCACUGCCAAAUAGAAACCCAGCCCCUCUCGGACUCACUCCCCAGUCAUCAAUGUCUGCAUGAUCAGACCAGAGGAGAUCACACAUUGGCCCGUCGUGUGGGACUCUUGUUUCCUAUCAAUGGAGCGGAUCUAAAAGGGACGAGAGAGAGAGAGAGAGAAGAGAGAGAGGGAGGGAGAAAUAGCACACAUGUCUACUCUCCACAACACACACACAAAAACAUCUGAGAGUGCUAACGAAGAGAGGGUUUUGUUUUGGCUGCAGAGAGGGAGAGCGUGCCAAGAACAGAGAUUAUAAGCCGACAUAAUUUACCAGCCAGCCCAUCGUGCCAGCAAUGCUAGUAGAAUUCAGUCGGGAGCUCAUUAGUACAGAGAGAAAUACCACACAGGCAAACAGACCUGGUCCAGUGUUGUGAUGGAAGGUGAGAGACCUCCGUGAACACAGAAUAUCUGCAGUU